AUCGCAGCGCGUGACACUUGCCAUUAGCUCGUCCUGAGAACGGAAGAACGACCACGUUUUACUUACAGCAAUACAUUCUGUUACCAGUACUGUCUCUCUCUGCACACACACACACACACACAUAUGGAUUCCGAUCACCAGGACUUCUUACAUUUGGAAAACAAAGCUCCCAGAUACUUUCGGAUCGAUGACCUGCCUAUAGAUGUCAUCUGCUACAUAUUCAUCAUUGCGUACCAUGACACGACGAUAGGAGUUGGCUCGGAUGGCUGCCGCGUGCCUCGGUUGAUGAUGAGCGUUUCUCGAUUUUGGCGCUCCAUUGCGGUGAAUGAACCGCGUCUUUGGACAAAUAUUAGGAUUACGGCAGUGCAUGGGAAUAUGGAGGGGAAGUUACAGGGGUUUUCAGAGAAUCUAGCUCGAUCAAAAGCGUUGCCUCUCCACCUCACCCUAUCAUCCGACUAUCGUUCCACUUCAGUGCUCCGUCAACGCAUCAAGGAGAUUGCAACUCCUCAUCUUCAUCGUUGCCAUUCCUUCGGCAUUACCGUUUAUAAUUCUGACCUUCCAAAUGACUGGAUUCCUUUCACACAAGAAUUUCAGUCUUUAAAGAAUGUCAGGCUCGAUCUUAUGUCGUGGUCGCAACAGACCGUAGAUUUAGGUCUGCCUGAAUGCCUUCGCUCUCUUCAAAUCCAUGCAGAAGGCCGUAGCGCCUCAGCGUUGCAUUUCAAUUCUGAGAUUGAACAUCUCUCUUUGGUGAUCAAUGCGGAGGAUGCGGCAGCGGGCCUGCUACACAAUGCCAAGGGCCUCAAAAUCCUAGAAUACAAACUUACGGGUCCCAGCAACGAAGCUAGUUCAAGGUUCCCUUGCAAGGUCGCCCCACAACUCAAACAUCUUCAGUGCAUUUCGUCAAUUUCACUAUAUAGGGACCCAUUCUCACCUGAGGGGUCCACGAUUCUUUCGAUGCCGACUCGAACCUUCGAUCCGUGCCAAUAAUCCCUCAGGAUCUCCUAGGGGAUUUCCCGACCAGGGUGACUGUCGGGCGACGCCAAUCACUCGCUGUUUUUCAGCCGUUUGCUCGCAAGUGCCCCCGAUUGUAGACCUAUGUUUCUUCGUAGGCAUCA